UAUUGUAUUUUAUAUAAAUAUACUGUCUUUAAGUUUCGUUUCAGUCUUUUUCUUUCUGUACUUGUACUGCCUUGCUUAAUUUUAAUUAAUAUUCUCUCUUUCUUGUUUGUGCUUAAUUGAUUCUAUCAAUCAAGCUUAAGGGUUUUUGCAUCUGUUCCAUAUUCUCUCCACUAACCUCAUCACACUUCCCCCAUCGCCUGACGAUGAUCAUCUUUGGGCUACAUCUUCAUCACCUCUGUAACUCCUAGCUACUGCUCUCUCUCUCUCUCUCCCCCAAACUUCUCUCAUCAACUUCCGGCCGCUCUCUCUUUUUUCCUGUGUUGUGUGAGUAUAUGAGUAUUAUUAGGUUAUAGAAGCUUGCUUUGCUUCUUUUCUUUUUCAUCUUCUUCUACCCCUUGAUGUGUUGUGCGAGUAUAUUAUGAGCUGUAUGCAUAUACAUAUGCCUUUGACUUCUUGAUCUCAAAUUCUCAAACCAAAGAGAACAAGGAAAGAAAAAAAAUAAGUAGCUUGUCUUUACAUACUCUUCUUGUUAAUUUCUCUCUUCCUUGUUACAAUUCCUUAAAUUUGAUCGACAAUUGCCACUCUGGCUAACCCCUGGUGGAGUGGUAACUUGGGGCUGCCGGGCAUGGACUCGGCAGCCACCAAUUCGGCCGCACUCAACAAGCAGCGCGAGCUCGAAAUAUCCAUCAACGAAAACAACAGCGGCAGAAGCAGCGGCGGAGAUGAAGACAGAGACCAAGAUGAGCCCAAAGAAGGAGCAGUCGAGAUUGGAUCCCGCAGGCCAAGAGGCCGCCCUCCGGGAUCCAAAAACAAGCCCAAACCCCCCAUCUUCGUCACCCGGGACAGCCCCAACUCCCUCCGCAGCCACGUCAUGGAGGUGGCCGGAGGCGCUGACGUGGCGGAGAGCGUGGCCCAGUUUGCGAGGCGGCGGCAGAGAGGGGUGUGUGUCCUCAGCGGGAGUGGCUCAGUGGCGAAUGUAACGCUCAGACAACCUGCGGCGCCUGGAGCUGUUGUGGCACUACAAGGAAGGUUUGAGAUUUUGUCUCUGAGUGGUGCCUUCCUGCCCGGGCCCGCCCCUCCCGGAUCGACAGGGCUGACGGUGUACUUGGCGGCCGGGAACGGGCAGGUGGUUGGGGGCAGUGUGGUGGGGUCACUUGUGGCAGCAGGGCCAGUGAUGGUGGUGGCAGCAACAUUUGCAAAUGCUACAUAUGAGAGGCUGCCUCUUGAGGAAGAUGAAGAAGGAGGAGGAAGUGGAGGAGGAGGGCAUAACAAUGGGGGUUCAGGGAAUUCUCCAACUGGGGGAGGGAGCAGUGGGGCCCAGUUGGGGAGUGGAGGGCAUCAGCAUCAGCAGCAGCUGCCUGACCCUUCAUCUGGAGGGCUGCCUAAUAUUUACAGUCAUCAUCUGCCUCCAAAUCUGAUCCCAAAUGGUGGCCAUGGACAGCUUGGCCAUGAAGCCUAUGCUUGGGCAAGACCACCUUACUGAAACUUGGAGGACAAGAUCAAAAUUGAAGCCUGUGCUUCCAUUUUGUUGUAUUGAAAUAUAUAAAUCUUAGAAAGGAGUUAUAGAGAGAGAGAGAGAGCAAGAGAGGGAGAGAUGUGAAUUAAGAACACUAGAAGAGAGAAAACUUUGGGUGUCUUCUGGAUGUUAUAGUAUAAAAGCUAGCUAGCUCAACUUCUUCUUUUGAGUUAAUUUACUGCCUUUUGAUGAUCAGUUUGCAAUGAAAAAGAUAAUAAUUGAUGCAACUCUAAUUUUCAAUUGGGGUUCUGACCUUUUAAUUUA